AUGCCUGGUUGUCCCAAAUAUGACAUCAAAAUUCAAAACCCGGAUAAUGAAAUCAUACUCACAUUUCAAAAACCCGGUUCUGACACUCACUCCCAAAGAAGCCUACGCAAUCUAGCUGAUGACGAACUCGAAGACGAACCUUCAACUGAAGAAGAACUUUCAAUUGGAGGCGAUUGCGUAGUGCAGCCCCCUCCAAAAACAUCCGGACACCCACGCAAAAACGAAGAACCGCUACCACCUCCACUAAUACAUUGCGAGAGUUGCCGUAGUAUGGAACAUGAAACUCUUUAUUGCUCCUUGGAUUACAAACCUAGACCAAAUCUUGAUGCGAAUAUACAGCGAGCGAAUUCUGGGGUUGUAGGAUAUCGGGUACGGAGAGAUAUGAAGACCUGCGGAUUGUGUAUGCAAAUGGGACAUCGUAUGGCAGAAUGCCCAAACUUAUGGUCAAUAGGACUUAGGAAACGCAACCCUGUUAUUCAGACUCAAUGCCGGUCUCGGAAACGGACUAAAGGUGGAUAG